AUGGGGAUGAAUGCACUGGUCACGCCCAUAGAUAUGAUGGGGAUGGGUGCACUGGUAACACCCAUAGAUAUGGUGGGGAUGGAUGCACUGGUAACACCCAUAGAUAUGAUGGGGAUGGGUGCACUGGUAACACCCAUAGAUAUGAUGGGAAUGGGUGCACUGGUCACGCCCAUAGAUAUGAUGGGGAUGAAUGCACUGGUCACACCCAUAGAUAUGAUGGGGAUGGGUGCACUGGUAACACCCAUAGAUAUGAUGGGGAUGGGUACACUGGUAACACCCAUAGAUAUGAUGGGAAUGGGUGCACUGGUCACGCCCAUAGAUAUGAUGGGAAUGGGUGCACUGGUCACACCCAUAGAUAUGAUGGGGAUGGGUGCACUGGUAACACCCAUGGAUAUGUUGGGGAUGGAUGUACUGGACACGCCCAUACAUAUGAUGGGGAUGGAUGCAUUGGUCAAACCCAUAGAUAUGAUGGGAAUGAGUGCACUGGUAACACCCAUAGAUAUGGUGGGGAUGGGUGCACUGGUCACACCCAUAGAUAUGAUGGGGAUGAGUGUACUGGUCGCACCCAUAGAUAUGAUGGGGAUGAGUGUACUGGUCACGCCCAUAGAUAUGAUGGGGAUGGGUGCACUGGUCACGCCCAUAGAUAUGAUGAUGAUGGGUGCACUGGUCACGCCCAUAGAUAUGAUGGGGAUGGGUGCACUGGUCACGCCCAUAGAUAUGAUGGGGAUGGGUGCACUGGUCACACCCAAAGAUAUGAUGGGGAUGGGUGCACUGGUAACACCCAUAGAUAUGAUGGGGAUGGGUGCACUGGUCACACCCAUAGAUAUGAUGGGAUGGGUGCACUGGUCACACCCAUAG